AUGGACAAGAGACCGCGCCACUUUGACGGAGUCGAGAGCUCUGAGCAGCUGGCCUUCAUCGAUGAACUGCAGGCACUCGGGCUAAGUAGCACUAUCAACCUACCCGAGCUCGUGGUGGUAGGUGACCAAAGCGCGGGCAAGAGCUCGGUGCUCCAAGCUAUCACAGAGGUUUCUUUCCCGGUGAAAGACGGAACUUGUACUCGGUUCCCCAUCCAGAUUUCGUUUCGUCAAACUUCCGCUGCAAAGGAAUUGCCGAUCAAGGCUACGAUUGUGCCGGGCCGACAGUCCGAGGAUGACGGUGCAUUGAUAGCUCGCAUGAGAGAUUUUACAGUCGAGAGAAAGGAGCUGACGACGGAUGUCAUAAAGGAUAUUAUUGAAGAGGCAACGGAGUGUAUAUUUGGCGCGCAUCAGGCCGGAAGGAGGGUGAGUUUGAGCGAUGCGACACUACGCAUUGAGCGGUCGGGCCCGAACGAGAUGCAUUGGACCAUUAUUGAUCUCCCGGGGCUCAUACGGGGAGACAAGAAAAAGCAAAAUGAGGUGUUGAACCGCGCGAAUGGUAAUGGGCCGACUGAUACGUCAAUGCGGAUGAAUGCAGCUGUUGCAUCCGAGUUGGCACGCGAAUAUCUGGAGAACGACAGGAACAUCGUCUUGGUCGUCAUUGAUGAUGUGGACGUGGAGCGUCUCCGGAUCUUUGAACUGAUGGAGGAGAUUCCAGGCCUGGAAAAGCGUUGUAUUGGCGUGCUGAACAAGUGUGAUCGCAAACAAGAAGGAUCAGAUGAAUGGAUGGUCAAACUUCUUCAGAACGAUCUCUCCACUGUUCCUCACCUCGAUCACGGGUGGUUCGGAUUGAGAAACCGAGUCCCCAACGAAGCUCACAUCACCGAUGCAGAGCGGGACGAUCGAGAAAGUGCAGAAUUCUUGAAGAAAGACUGGCAGGACGUCGCGAAAAAUCGCACAGGAAUACAAGCGCUGAUGAGUUAUGUCGAUAAAGAGAGACGAGCGCAGAUCCAAUCUGGCAUCCCGCACAUCGUGACGGAGAUUCGUCAGAAGCUUCGGGAAUGCGAGUCAGAUCUGAACCGAAUGGGUGAAGCUCGAGAUAGCCCAAAAUCCCAGCGGCACUUUGCUUUUCAGUUUUGCAAUGAGAUGCAGCGCAUGGCAGAGGCAACGCUCAGAGGUCAGUAUCAGGUUGUGCCUUCCCAGGAUCCCAGGAUCAUGCUUCGAUACGAAGUACAACGCCGCCUAGAUCGGUUCUAUGACGAUAUGGCGGAUACCGACAAAAUGCCGCUCCCGUUCUCAGACUUUGAGCGAGACCUAGAACUCCUUAGUUACACCGGCCCAGACCCAAGCGCGUGGGACGAAUUCGUCAUGAGUGCACCGGGGUUAUACGCUGAGAUAUAUAAGGAAGCCAAGAUCAGCGAAGGCUGCAGUCUUCCCGGCACUAUACACCCGGACGUUGAGGAGAAAAUCUUCCGCAAGCAAUCUAUCCACUGGGAAGACAUUGCCCGCCGGUUUGUCGAUGAUGUGAAAGAUCUGGUCAAGAACUGCUAUGAUGUUCUAAUUCGCAUUGCCAUUCCCAACAGUAAAGUGCGGUUGGAGGUCAGCCGCCUAAUGAUCAAAACACUGGAAGAUUGGCACAAACAUGCAGACACGGCUCUUUCCGAGCUAUUGGAGGAUAAUCAAUCCAGACCUUUAAUAACUCGCAGCCCGAAGUUGCUAGAAGACACUAUCAGAGCGGAUCAAAAUCGAGGGGAAAUUCUUCUCGGGAGAAGGUCUAGGGGAGCAUCUACAGAUCAUGAUCAGAAUGAUGAUGUCAAUGGCAGCCUUGAGGCUGAUGGCGACCAUCCUCGUUUUAUCUCCACUAUUCUGAGCCAAGUUUUGUUUGUUCGUGCUAGGCUGCAGUCUUACUAUAUGAUUGCGUUGCAUCGAUUUAUUGAUAAUGUAGCGAUGCAGGUUGUGGAGCGACAUAUUCUCGGACCAAGAUGUCCAAUGCUCACCAUUUCUGUCGAGACCUUUGCUAAAUUAGAUGAUGAAGAGCUGAAUGCCAUAACCGCAGAAGAUGAAUCCGAUGCGAGAAUACGAGCAAGGCUUGAGAGGCUGCGAUCUCGGUAUACCGAAGCGCUCAAGAGGUGGGAGAGGUUGAGGGUGCUUUAG